UUACGUGGGUUCGAAAAAAAAAAAAGUUGGUCUGAUUUGCUGGAAUCGCGCACGCAGGAGCGAAGGUGCGCCACAUAUGAAGCGAGCUCCGGUCGGGCGCGACAUCCUCCACGCGCGGCGAACAAGCCAGCCCGGCUGCAGCAACUCUUUUUAUUUCCUUUUUUCUUAAUACGGACUGCAAAAAACGGGGAGCAAGUUGAUGGAUUUUCUCGGAAGCUUUGUCGCUCGUUGCGGAUGAGUUCGGUCGGCGGUGCGGGAAUGGAGCGAUAAAAGUCGGCAGCAACUCUUUUUCUCUCUCCCCCCUUUUCCUCUUCUCCCUGCUCACUUUGUGUGUGCAGACGACUCGUCAUGUAUUCUCCGAUUUGCCUCACUCAGGAUGAAUUCCACCCGUUCAUCGAGGCGCUGCUGCCGCACGUCCGCGCCAUCGCCUACACGUGGUUCAACCUCCAGGCCCGCAAACGCAAGUACUUCAAGAAGCACGAGAAGCGGAUGUCCAAGGACGAGGAGCGCGCCGUCAAGGACGAGCUCCUGAGCGAGAAGGCCGAGGUCAAGCAGAAGUGGGCCUCCCGGCUGUUGGCUAAGCUGCGCAAGGACAUCCGGCAGGAGUACCGCGAGGACUUUGUGCUGAGCGUGACGGGGAAGAAGCACCCGUGCUGCGUGCUGUCCAACCCGGACCAGAAGGGCAAGAUCCGCCGCAUCGACUGCUUGCGGCAGGCCGACAAAGUCUGGCGCCUGGACCUGGUCAUGGUCAUCCUCUUCAAAGGCAUCCCGCUGGAAAGUACCGACGGCGAACGCCUGGUCAAGUCGCCGCACUGCACCAACCCCGCACUUUGCGUCCAACCGCACCACAUCACAGUUUCCGUCAAGGAGCUGGAUUUGUUCCUCGCCUAUUACGUCCAGGACCAAGACUCCCAGCAGUCAGGAAGUCCCAGUAACAAUGAGCCUGGCAAGAACCCUCUUCCAGUCUAUCUGGAAGACAGCUUCAUCAAAUCAGGAGUGUUCAGUGUCGCGGAGCUGGUCCGAGUGUCGAGAAUGCCCAUCACCCACGGUGCGGCGGUCAACUUCUCCAUGGCGGACAUGCCCGGACAACCCUACUAUCACGACCUGAACUCCAGCGUGGGGAUGCACCGCUCCCUGUCCUCCCCUCCCGGCAGGUCGGCAACAUUUCAAAGCAAAAGACCCAAAACUGUCAACAUGGAGGAAAACAUGGACACCAGCCCGACCGGACCUGACUUCUACUCGUCGCCCAGCUCGCCGGCCAGCAACCGGGCGAACUGGCACGACCGAGACGGAGCAGACAUGUCCUCACCCACCAUGAAAAAGCCUGAGAAGCCGAUGUUUAGCCCCACCUCUCCGCAGGAUUCCUCGCCCCGAAUCAGCACUUUUCCCCAGCCGCAUCACCCGGGCCUGACGGGCGUCGGACACAGCGUUAUUUCGACGAGGAGCCCGCCGCCGCAUUCGCCUCUGCAGUUCUCCGCCUCGGCCAUCCUGCCCCCCGCUCCGUCGUCCUACUUCCCGCACACCACCAUCCGCUACCCGCCCCACCUCAACCCAGCCGAUCCCCUCAAGAGCUACGUGCCGUCGUACGACCCGUCCAGCCCACAGAGCGGCCAGCCCAACAGCAGCGGUCAGGUUGUGGGCAAAGUCCCGGGGCACUUCACGCCGGUCCUGGCUCCCUCCCCGCACCACGGCGCCGUGCGACCAGUCUCGCUGUCCAUGCCCGACACCAAGCCCAUCACCACGUCCACGGAAGGAUACUCCGCUCCCGGGACCCCGACGGCGAACCGCUUCGUUGGCUUGAGCUCCAGAGAUCCCGCCUUCCUCCACCAGCAACAGCUGAAGAAGUGUGACUGGAGCGUGACUCAAAACGGCAGGCAUUACGGCCCCAGUGCCGCCGACGACACUUUGGGGAUUGCUUGGCAAAGUCCUGGUACCUGGGCGAGCUUAGUUCCAUUCCAAGUGUCGAACGGGACGCCGAUUCUUCCAACAAAUGUCCACCAGAACUACAGCAUAAGCAUCAUUGGUGAGCCGCUGGUCCCCGCCGAGACCGGCAACUGAGCCCCCGGGGCGGAUAAGGGGGAGGGGACGGGGCGCAAACCAGCAAAGGCAGCGGCAGCUGUACAAUCUCGACACUCUUCCCGAACUAGCCCCGCCCCCCGACGGAAGCUAGACGGACGCUUCAGGUGCGCCCUCCCCCUGCCGACACACAAACACGCGAACAGUCUACACACACACCAGCCAGUUGUUGUUUGCAGAACUUUCCGAUGCAUUCAAAUACUGUGAUGUAUAGAUGCCUUAAUAUUCUACUGCAUGACACUCGAAAUCUGUGCUUCUGAUGCUAAACGCGGGGGGUCAACAGUCACUGUGUACACCGUGGAAAAACUUUCAGUGCUUUCUUGGUCGCCUGCGAUGCCGGGAGAAACAAAAUGUAUUUUUUAUUUUCAAUUCUUUAGGGGGAGACUUCCUAAAAUUCCGAGCGUUAACUACUUGAGAUUGGACACCUCGCUAAAACAUGUGUAACCCCUUUAAAAAAAAAAUUUUUUGUUCAAGAAGAGCAAUCCAUGGAGGCAAGUGCAAUUGAAUUUUUUUGAAGGGAAGCUAUCAGUCUGUCAGCCCUCAGACUCUAAAGGAAAGGGGGAUAAACAUGGUUUUAUGGGUAAAAUUUUUUUUUUUAAACAAUUUGAUUUCAGUCCCAAUCCCAGCAGCAACACCAGCACUUGUUUUUGUUCAGUGCCCUUCCCCGAUUGUACAGGGACAUAUUGUUUAUUCUUAUUUAUUUCUUGUAAAAAGGGGUAUAAAUAACCCCUUAGAGAAAGAAAUGAACACAUAUGGUGUGUGUAAAAAUAGAAAAAAAAGGCAUUUCACUUUUUCUAAAUGAUAAGAUCAAGAGCAUUUUGGCCGUCGGCUUUGAAAGCGUAUGUUUACAAGAGAUAGAAACAAGUGUUAACUCAUUGGCUGCCAGCGACGAUGAUAGACGAACCAGAAUUGCUCUAAAAUUUAACUGUUGUUACAUUGAGCACGCAGUAACUCUGGCAUAUUAGCACUUAAAAAACCUGAAAUUUAGGAAACGGGUCAACAAGGCUUGAAAGGGAAGUUCAGAAUUUUUGACAUUAGCCUUAAUGUUCUAGUUAGCGAAGGUUUAAUUAGUUGGAGUUGGUUUCAACAUAUUCGUAGGGGUGUGACAAAAUCUAGAAAUCGUUAUAUAUCGUGAUACUUUGUAUCCCAAAAGGUUUUCGAUAUGCUCCUGCCAAGAAUCGAGAUAUCGUUUUAAAAAGGUGCCAAUGUUUAUCAAAAUCUUCCACCAUAAUACAACCCCUAGCAAAAAGUAUCCAAUCACCAGUCUCGGACUAGCACUCACUCAGACAUUUUAUCAUGUAGAAAAAACUCAGAUAAAAAGCUUGGAAAAAUAUUGAAUUGCAAGCUAAAAAUGAUGGACAUUUCGAAUAAUAAAUAUUAAUUAGCUUGCUUGCUUAGCCUAGCUUAGCCAUGCCGGAGCCCUGAAACUAACAACUAACAAACUGUAAGGAAUUUGUUGGGACCAGCUCCACCGACUAAAUAAAACCCCCGCUAACUCGAAGAUUCAGCCUAAUGUGAAAAAUUCUGAACCUCCCUUUUAGCUUGCUGAACGCUAGCCACCUCAGUUCAAAUGGAUUUCACGUCUAUCUCCGUUCAUGGCAGCGGACGAGUUCUUUGGAAAUGUACAGUGAAAUUGUCAAUCAGUCAGGCGGUGGCGAAAAAAAAACGACAAAAAAAACAAAACAAAAAAAUCAACGUUGACAGCCAUCAGCCUCUGCAGUCUCUUCACUUCAUUUGCACGACGAUACAUGACGUCCACAUGACGUGCCUUUCCGCAUAUCUACACACACAGAGACAUGACGACACGCCCGGGUUUUGUUUGUUUUAAAACAUAGUAGAAACGCAGAGUUAACAUUUUUAACAUUUUUGUACUCUGAAAAUGAACUGUUUAACUUCGUGUACUAUUUUCUGUGUCACAGUUCCAUCGCGUAUUCAGGCUUUGUAUAGUCAAGUUUGUAAUCGCUUUGUUUCUCGUUGCCCCCAACCCCCCAACCGCGGCUUUUCUAAUAAGUCAUCACACCCCCCCUUUUCCGUACUCAUUGUCCUUGAAUUCAAGAGUUAUGAAAAUUAUGCAAUACCGAGUUUUGCCUAUGUAGGUAGUGCUUAUAGAAGACGUCAAAUAUUAGAGGCUAGUUUGGAGAUAGACACUAUUGUAACGCAUUUAUUUUGUUGUUGUUGUUGAUGUUGUUGUUGUUGUGGCUGCCCCCCCCCCCCCCCCCCCCGUCGUUUCUUUAAUUUGACCAAAGUGGGGACUGCUUUCUAUGCAGUUUAUGACAAGGUCUUCUCUUCUAGCUUAGGUCCAGUUGAGUUGAACAUUUAGAAUGUCUUUUUUUGUUGUUGUUUCUUCCUACAAGCGCAUCCAAGGUUGUUCCACGGCUGCAAAGUCACCUAUCGGUCUAACUGUGACUCCCGUUUUUUUGUUUUUUUUUUCGGAGAGACUGCUCGACUUGAGGCCGGGACAAUCACGCUAAGACACCGCACGCACGUCAUUUGGGUGCAAUUCCCGAGUAGAUGCCUUAACAGCAACAGCGACGAGCGGCCUGCCACCUCCGCAACAAUCACACGCGGCGACCAAUCCUGGCGAGGGCCCGUCUAAUGUAGAAAUGUGAACGGCGAGGCGGCUCCGGUGGUAGAACAGUCGGCUCCCCUGAUCAGGGAGACACUAGAAAAGUUAGUUUCUUUUGAAAAAUGCCAACCCGGAGUGUCGGGUUGUUGUCGGCGCUUUACCAACUGAGCCACAGCCGUUGAUCACAGGAAAAAAAUGGUUUUACCCCCCUCACACACUUUUUGAACCCCUUACAGAUGGCCUUCGUGGUACAUAAACCUUUAAAAGCUUCCUUGACAUGAUUCCGUCCUUCCCGAAGUUUGAUCUCCUGAAUAUUCAGGAUUAGAGUUGUCAAGUAUUGAUGCCAAGGGCGUAGGUUUGCAUAGGGACUGUAGGGACAUAACACUACCAACUUUUCAGGGUGCUCAAAUUGUCCCCACCAACUUUUAAGCAACCUUAUUUGCAUUAUAUAAAGAGUUCAGUUACAUACAACCUCUAGCAAAAAGUAUGGAAUCUCCAGUCUCUGACGAGCACUCACUCAGACAUUUUAUCAUGUAGAACAAACUCUGAUAAAAAGCUUGAAAAAACAAUGAAUUAGUUCAAAAGUCCAACUGUUUAGCAUUCAGAAACAUUAAAAGAAAUGAAUUAAAAAAAUUGUGGUGGUAAGUAAAUUUUAAUUUUAUAGAGCAAGUGCCAGGAAAUAUGUAUAGAAUCAGUCCAUUCCGAGGAAAAAACAUAUGGAAUUAUGAAAAACAAAGAAAUAACAAUCAAAACGCAUCUCUAGUAUUUAGUAUCCAAUGCAGAUUCUUGACUCUUGACAAGGUGAUGGUGCUGGAACUUUUGCGUGGUGCCGUUCCAGGGAGAUUUACAAAAAUGACUGUCAGAAGAAGACCUCAAAUUCCCUCAGUCCUUGAUGAUAAAAAACAUUGUGGUGGUCAGUAAAUGUUAAUUUUAUAGAGCAAGUACAGGGAAAUAUAUAUGAAAUCACUCCAUUCUGAGGAAAAUAUAAAAUCAUUAGAAACAAACAAAGAAAUAACAAUCAAAACACAUCUCUAGUAUUUAUUAGCACCACCUCUGGCUUUUAUGACAGCUCGCGGUCUCUGACAUAUGGACUUGCAAUUUGGUGCCAACUCUCUUUGAUUACAGUAUCCAGAUCAACCUUGCAGGUCGGAGCAUUGCUGUGGACUAUUUUUUUCAAUUUCCACCACAGAUUAUCAAUAGUGUUGAGAUCUGGGCUAUUUGCAGGCCAUGACAUUGACUGGAUGAGUCUUCCUCCAAGGAAUGCUUUAACAGUUUUAGCUCUGUGGCAUGAUGCAUUGUCAUCUUGGAAAAUGACAAACAUAUUUUCAAUUGAAGGGAUAAGAAAACUGUUUACAAUUUCAAUGUAAACUUGUGCAUUUAUUGAAGAUUUAACCACAGCCAUCUCAAGGACUGAGGGGAUUUUGAUGUGUUCUUCUGGCAGUCAUUUUUGUAAAUCUCACUGGAACAGCACCAAACAAAAGUUCCAGCAUCAUCACUAGGGUUGAGCAUCGAUUGGAACCGGUUCUAACACUCCGAUGCUCCCGGAAUCGUUCGAAUUUUUGAAUUUCGAUUCCUGGUUUCGAUGCCCUGACCGCCGAGCGGAAAAAAAUUGCUCAAGUUCAAAGACUGAUAUUUAUAUACAAGUUAAAAUUAGCCUUGUGAGAAGUGCAUUUAAUUUAAAAAAUCCUUGAGAAGUUAAGACUUUAAUAUAGAAUAUGCAGUUUUUUUGACCCUGCAUUUUUUUUACCCUGCCUCUUAAAAGAAUCAGAAUCGAGAAUCUUUCGGAACCAGAAUCGAAAGGUGGAAUAGGAAUCGGAACCGGAAUCAGUCAAUUUGCAUUGGACAAGGUGUCAAGAGUCAAGAAUACGUUAAUGUUGUGGCAGUGUGGGGAAACACCACUAAUUUUGCUACUGAAAGUCUGACCUGCAUCAGAGUUAGCAUAACAUUAAACUUGCUAACCUGCAGAACUACUGUAGUCAGGCAAGCCUCCACAAGGAGCAACAAAGUCAAGCUAGCCGUCCCUUAUUUGGAUCAUUGUUUACAUUAUGUGCAUUACGGUAAUAUCGUCCCGACCAAUGUUGAGACCAAACCUACGCCCUAGAUUGAUGUUGUAAUGUUGUAUUCGGAUACGAUCCGAAUUUUUUGUUUUUAUCAGAAAUUUGGGGGAAAAAAAACUAAAAUCUAGUAAAAGUACUUCAACAUUCAUGAUAAUGGGAGAAAACACAAUUUCAGGUUUAUACUUUUUGGGGACAUUUUUUUUUCCUAAUGUAAAAUAUGUGCCUUGGCUUAAUCAAAUGUGGGAAACACUGUUCAUCGACAUGCACAUCAAUUCCCAUAGUCAAUUUAGCAAAUCUUACCCCACCGUAGAAGUACUACUUAGCACUUAAAUAGCAUAGGCAAUCCCUCCUCUGUGUUUUCCAGCAAAAUCUCUCAGGCGUAUUACAGGGGCAUUAUGCAUGUCAAUCAGUGCAACACGUGUUGACACCUUUUUGCACUCGUUCCCCCCUCCCAAUUGCGAAAGCAGGACAAUUCCUCAAGUCGAGCUGCGUCUCUCCUAACUCGGACAACUUUAGUUCCAUUUCCCCUCAAGUGCUUUGCAGCCUGUGACCAUCAGAGACCCCACAUUGAAGUGCAUUGUCCCCAUGCGUGUGUGUAUGUUUGUGCGUGUGAAGAUGAGGGUCUUCCUACAGACGUAAAACCAGUUUGUACACUGUAAACCUUCCCGAGAGUUCAACGCCCUUUAUUGGAUGGCAUUAGCUCUGCGGCAUUGGCGAUGAUAGUCAUCCAAGCUGCAGCGGUAAAUUUCUAGCCUGGCAAACAAGAUUCGUGGUAUGAAAAAGUAUCUGAACCUUUUGGAAUUUCUCACAUUUCUAAAUAAAAUCACCAUGAAAUGCAAUCUGAUCUUUGUCAAAAUCACACAGAUGAAAAUACAGUGUCUGCUUUAACUAAAACCACCCAAAAAUUUGUAGGUUUCAUGUUUCAAAUCCAACAAACAUACGGCAUUUACAUGUGUUUAAAAUUAAUUCAACCCGAAAAGAAAAGGGCAAACGGGAGAAGCCGAAGCCUAUUUAAUCCCGCCCCCAGUAUACCAUAGGACACGGAAAAUAUCGAAUAACUAUUUUUGACAUUUGAUAAGUUUUUUUUUUUUUUUUUUUACCAUCCCCCUUUAUUAUUUUCCCAAUAGUCCAUUGGCGAUCGUGGCGAUGUGCUCGUUUUGUUGAUGAAAUCCAGUAGAUUAGUUCAUAAUUCAGUGGUUAGUUCAUUCAGUUGAUUCGAUCCAGAACAUAGGGAAUAGCUAAGGACCGAUGGCAUCCCGUGUCCGCCCCCCCCCCCCCCCACCCACUUUCGUCGACUUAAGCCUCAUCGCUGUUUUCAUUCCUUGCUGCCUUCCGACGAACAUUCAUCUCAAGGUUCUACCCCUCUACCCAUCUUCCAGCUAUCCUCCACAUAUCCAGACUUGAAAGUGUUUCUUGGGCAGGCGCUUUGUCCAGGUUCUGAUCGCAUUGUAGAAAAGAUCUUGUCCAAGGCACUCAGUGACCAAUUGAUCAGUUGCAUAAUAACAAUACUGCUAUUAGAAGUCAACUGUCUGUCCAUUUACAGCCAAAUGAUUAUCUGUCCUUGUGAAGUCUGGAUGAGUUCCGUUUGCAUUGGCUUUGAGUCCUUUUUUGUUUUAAUCAGGAUAGGAUGCAAACAAUGACAGAAGGGGGCAAAAUAAGUAAGUGAACCCUCUUUCUCAGGAGACUUAAAGAGCAAUUGAAACCAAUUUUUACUAAACAAUUUAAGUCAGGUGUAUGUCCAAUCACUGAUGAGUGGUUUAAAGCUGCCCUGCCCACUAUAAAACACACACCUGGUAAGAAUUGUCUUGAUGAGAAGCAUUGUCUGAUGUGCAUCAUGGCUCGGUCAAGAGGGCAGUCUGAAGACCUGAUCUAGGAUUUUUGAUCUGUAUAAAGCUGGGAAAGGAUACAAAACCAUCUCUAAAAGUCUGGAUGUUCAUCAAUCGACAGUCAGAGAAGCAUACAAAUGGAGAGUUUGGCACUGUUGCUACUCUCCCAAGUAGUGGCCAUCCAACAAAAAUGACGCCAAGAGUUCAGGGCAGAAUACUCAGAGAACCCUAGAGUGUCUGCGAAACACUUACAGAAAUCACUGGCACAGUCCCCAAUAUCUAUGUGCACACAUCAACUAUAUGAAAAACUAUGGCCAAGAAUAGUGUUCAUGGGAGAACUCCACGGAGGAUGCCACUGCUGUCAAAAAAAAAAAAAAAGCCACUGCUGUCUUGACGUCACAAGCGCCUGCUUGUCAAGACCAGUGGCAACCACAUCCCAUCCACGCACGAACCUAAACAGCCCGAAACCGGCCAAAGAGGGAUGAUCCCAAAGCAACGCCUGGACACACCUCCGGCCGACCCACGGACUUAAAAAAAACACUGGACACUGAGAUAAGACAGAUUUUGCUGCUCGGAAACAGGAUCCAGAAUUGCCCCUCCGUCGUCUGUUUUUGCCUUGUUUUUGACCAUUGUCGACGAAUAAAUUGUCCACCUGCUUUCGGCGAGUCUUUUUCAAACUUUUGGAGCAUGGAAUAAGUACAAAGGGUUAAUAUCAGAGAUGAACGCGCGAAGUUCCGCCUUCCUGGUUGGCGCGCGCGGAGGCAGCAUCGGCCGAGCGCCACUUGUUUUGGCUGUCGCUGUUUCCGUGCGGCUUGACUAGGGAGGCGAAUUUCAACACUAAAAAAAAAAAAAGGCACUUGGACACUCCACAGAAGUUUUGGCAAAACAUUUUGUGGACUAAUGAGACCGAAUUAUUUGGGACAUAACAUCAUGUUUGGAGGAAAAAUGGAACAGCUCACCAACAUCAACACCUCAGCCCCACCAUUAAGCAUGGUGGAGGGAUCAUCAGGAGUUGGGGCUGUUUUGGGGCCUGGACAACAUGCAAUCAUUAAUAUUAGAAUGAAUUCAAAAGUUUAUCAGGAUGUUUUGCAGAAAAACCUGAGGCUGGCUGUCAGACAGUUGAAGGAUGGAUGCUGCAACAAGACAAUUAUCUAAAACGCAGAAGUAAAUCAACUUCAGAAUGGUUUCAAAAGAACAACAUACACGUUCUGGAUUGGCUAAGUCAAAGUCCAGACUUGAACCCCAUUGAGAUGCUGCAGCAUGACCUAAAGACAGCGAUUCAUGCCAGAACAAUGGGCCAAGAUUAUUCCUGAUCGAUGUGCUAGACUGAUCUACAGCUAUUAAAAAAAAAACUAUAAAUGUUUGGGUGGUUUUAGUUCAAGCAGACAGUUUUUUCAUCUAUGUGAUUUUGACAAAGAUCACAUUUGAUGGUGAUUUUAUGCAGAAAUACGAGAAAUUCCAAAAGGAUUACAUACUUUUUAAUACCACUGUACAUUAGCUUGCCAGGAUGGUAAAUUUCGAUCAGUUUUUGGACACUAUCGGCGGCCUGUGAGUUCAUCUUCCAAUUUUUGGGGGAAAAAAAGUGUCAAUUCCAUUUUAGGAAAAAAAACAAGUAUUUGGGAGGCUGGUUUGGAGUUAGAACUCCCCAGAAUCUCAGGAUAAAUGCAAUCUCAAGUGUUGUCGUCUGCCAAUAAUCGACGCCCCGCCUGAAAAGAUUCGCCACAAAUGUCGGCAAAGCACUACUGCUCUCUAAAUGAAGCUCCUUACUUCAUAUCAACAUAGUUGAAUAUGCGGGAGGUUCGCCGUGUAAAAUAACGAUGAAGGCUUAUUUUGAACAUUUUUUUUUCUUGAACUUGCUUAGCGCUAGUAGAUAUUUCUUUUGGGGAAUUGUCCUUUCCUUAGUGUUGCCGUAGCAAGUGUGAUGUGAUGUAUCAUUUCUGCUUUUUGUGUUUUCUCACCGCUGCGAUUUCUUGUCCAACAAGACAUAGCGGCUAAACCCCCGGUCCCCACUUUGCCCGUACCUGACAACGCAGGGUUUAGUAACAAAAACUAUAAAAAGACAAAAAAAAUUGAUUGGAACGUCCUACUAUCAGAUAUUCGUCGAUGUUUUUGAAAGAAAUAAGCUCGAGACCCCUUCCUCCGUGAUGCACUUUUAUUGUGAAAGCAUUGAUGGCGAGCGCUUGACCACGAGGUACCGUACCUUCCGUUGGAGUUGCCGGGCAGGGUUUGAAUGUAGAAUCAGUGUUCCACCCUUCCUUCAAGUAUUAUUGCAUUGCCCGCCGUGACCUUUUUUUAUGCAAAACACGUGCAAUCCCCCCUACUUUUACGCCAACGCGAUGGCUAGUACCUGCAGGAAGUCUUUCUCUCUCUCUUUCGCAUCAACCAGCAAUUUUUUUCACCAAAUCAAGACGAGCAAUGCAGUGCCUGUUCCAGCUGUCCAACUUGUACAUACAUGUAAAAUGUGACAUCCGCUUACUUUAGGUGGGGGGGCUUAUUCAUGUCAAAGCAUGUCAGCUUGCUUUCUGCAGAAAAAAAAUGGGAAAUUAGAUAGUUUGGGUCUGCGAUAUACGUGAAAUGCAGGGCAGGUCUUGUGGCACUUUUACUUCCCCCUGUGCGCGCGCAACAACAACAACAGCAACCAGACGUCGUGUAUAUGUAUGUAAAGCAGUAGCGAAGGUAGUUCCUCUGCGAGUGUGUGCAAAAGGUCUGUGUAUGGAUCUGAAUGUACGUUUUUAGAGGACUUUGAUUUUUCUUCUCAUGUUAUUUUAGGAGCCACAAGGUGGAAUUGUGAACUGUACAGGCCUUGACGCCUCCUAUUUUUGUUUUAAAAACAUUUUUAUUGUUUUCCAACCACACCUUCCAUUUGCUUAUAUUUGGUGCAGGGGUUAAAAUUGCCACAAGAUUAAAAAUCAAUGUAAAUAAAAGGCUCAACUUUUUUUUUUUUUAUUUUUUUUUUUGUGAUUGUUACUGUUAUAUCCAGCCUAUACUGCUAGCAGCUGUUCUUACUGCAGUCAAUUACUGGAAGUGGAUAUAUUUCCUAUGCAAAAACUGUUUAAACAAUAAAAUGAGCUAUGCUACAACAAAAAUGGCUUCCUUCACUGAAUCUGUCAUUCUUUUGGGGGUUUUAGUUUUAGGCUUGGUUAGGUUUAAACUAUGUAAUUUUGGGGGAUGUAAUUCUAUGAUUUAUGUUAAAUCGCAAGUUGAUAUUCGGGUAUGACUAUCACAGCUUUACUAUACUUUUGAAUUAUAUUCUGUGUACGACAAUGCGUUUACCAUAAUUGUCAAAAAGGCUGUCUGAAGACCUGCGAUCAAGGACCAUCUUAAAGUCGGGAUGUUUAUCAAUUGACGGUCAGAGAAGUGUACAAAUGGAGAGAGUUUGGCACUGUUGCUUCUCUCCCAAGGAGUGGCCAUCCAACAAAGAUGAUGCCAAGACUUCAGCGCAGAAUACUCAGAGAGGUAAAAUAGAAACCUACAGUGUCUGCUAAAGACUUACAGAAAUUGAUGGCACAGUCCAAUAUCUGUGUAUACAUCAACUAUAUGUAAAACUAAGGCCAAGAAUAAUGUUCAUGGGAGAACUCCACGGAGGAGGCCACUGCUGUCUUAAAAAAAAAAAAAAAACACUUGGACACUCCACAGAAGUUUUGGCAAAAUAUUUUCUGGACUGUUGAGACAGAAGUUGAAUUGUUUGGGACAUAACGUCAUGUGUGGAGUAAAAAUGAAAAUGCUCACCAACAUCAACACCUCAUCCCCACCAUUAAGCAUGGUGGAGGGAGUUUCAUGAUUUGGGGCUGUUUUGCUGCCUCGGGGCCUGGACAACAUGCAAUCACUAAUGUUAGGAUGAAUUCAAAAGUUUAUCAGGAUGUUGAGGCCGUCAGACAGUUGAAGGAUUGAUGCUGCAACAAGUCAACUUCAGAAUGGUUUCAGAAGAACAACAUACAUGUUCUGGGGAGGCCAAGUCUAAGUCCAGACUUGAACAAAAAAAAAAGUUGCUCGUUUAAUGUUCGCAAAGGAUACAAAACCAUCUCUAUAAGUCUGGAUGUUCAUCAAUCGACAGUCAGAGAAGUUGUCUACAAAUGGAGACAGUUUGGCACUGUUGCUUCUCUCCCAAGGAGUGGCCAUCCAACAAAGAUGACGCCAGGAGUUCAGCGCAGAAUACUCAGAGGAAAAAAAAAAAGAACCCUACAGUGUCUGCUAAAGACUUGCAGAAAUUGCUGGCACAGUCCAAUAUCUAUGUGUAUACAUCAACUAUAUGUAAACCUAUGGUCAAGAAUAGUGUUCAUGGGAGAACUCCACAGAGGAGACCACUGCUGUCUUUUAAAAAAAAAAAAAAAAAAAAAAGGUACUUGGACACUCAACAGAAGUUUUGGCAUAAUAUUUUGUGGACUGAUAAGACCGAAGUUGAAUUGUUUGGGAUAUGUCAUGUGUGGAGAAAAAAUGGAACGGCUUACCAACAUCAACACCUCAUCCCCACCGUGAAGCAUGGUGGAGGGAGCAUCAUGAUUUGGGGCUGUUUUGCUCCCUUAGGGGCUGGACAACAUGCAAUCCUUAAUAGUAGAAUGAAUUCAAAAGUUUAUCAGGAUGUUUUGCAGGAAAACCUGAGGCCAUCAGACAGUUGAAGGAUUGAUGCUGCAACAAGUCAACUUCAGAAUGGUUUCAGAAGAACAACAUACACGUUCUGGAGAGGCCAAGUCAAAGUCCAGACUUGAACCCCAUUGAGAUGCUGUGGCAUGACCUAAAGACAGUGAUUCAUGCCAGACAUGCCAGAAGAAUGGGCCAAGAUUAGUCCUAAUCGAUGUGCCAGACUGAUCUGCAGCUACAGGAAGCGUAUGGUUGAAGUUAUUGCUGCCAAACGGGGGAGGGCAUAAAAUAUUAAAAAACCUAUAAAUGUAUAAAUUAACUCGCAAAUUGAUAUUUGGGUAUGACUAUCACUACUGUACUAUACUGGAUAUACUACUUUUGAAUUUAUUCUUGCUUUCAGUGUACGACAAUGCGUUUUCCUUAAUUUUCGGACUAUAAGCCGUUACUUUUGCCCUCAUUUUGAAUCCUGCGGCUUAUAGUCCGGUGUGGCUUGUUGAUUUAUUUGGGUUAAUAGGUAACACGUCACAAGACUGUCAUAAGACCGACAUACAGUGAUCCCUCGUUUUUCGCAAUUAAUGGGGACCAGAACCUGUCACGAUAAGUUAAAAAAAAGCGAAGUAAUGCACCCCACCCCCAAUCCCUCAAUUUUUAUUUUUAUUUGGGGGGUGGGGGGGCUGUUCAAUGUAUUUAUUAAGGUUUAGCAUUGGAAAGAUAUAAAUGUAAGACAUGGUUUUCCCCUUUUUUCCAAUUUUUCCCCUUUUAUAUAUAUUUUAAGAAAUGGUUUUUAAGCACUUCAAAGUAGUAAUUGUGAUAAGUUUUAAACGUUACUGUCCCACCAAAUUAUUUUUAAACAAGAAUAGUCGUAGGAAAAUGCUUGGCUUUAUUAAAUGUUUCAUAGUGAGUCUACUCAAAUCCUCUCAAGCUGCUCACUUACGCACAUCGAGUUGCCACAGCAACUGUUUAACAAAAACUAUGAUUGACGCAUGCGGCGCUUUUGAAGUCCGUGACACUGGC